GCAAGAAGCAACAGUCGCACCAUGGUUCCUCAGGCUCGCCGCUGGCUGGUGUUUUUCUGCUUUCUGCUCCAGCUUCAGGGACCCCUAGGAACUGUAGGUACGGAAGUCCCAUCUGUCCAGGGAGGGUUUCUCUGUGGACUGGGUGAGUUGAGAAGUCAAGCUGUUCGCAACAGCAGCUGGGACAUCAACAGGAACCCGCUCCCAGGUGGCUCCAUCAGGCAAAGGCGCGCCUAUGCGUUUCUGGAGGAGCUGUGGCCGGGUUCCCUGGAGAGAGAAUGCCUCGAGGAGCGGUGCUCCUUUGAGGAAGCCCGAGAGAUCUUCAAGAGCACGGACAGAGCAAAGCAGUUCUGGAUUGUGUACACAGAUGGGAACCAAUGCGCCUCGAAUCCAUGCCAGAAUGGGGGCACCUGCCAGGACCACCUCCAGUCUUACAUCUGCUUCUGCCUCAUAGACUUUGAGGGCCGGAACUGUGAGAAGAACAAGAAUGAGCAGCUGAUCUGUGCCAAUGAUAACUGUGGCUGUGACCAGUACUGCACUGACCAUCCAGGGACCAAGUGCACCUGCCACUGCCAUGAGGACUAUGUGUUGCAGCCUGAUGGGGUGUCCUGCAAACCAAAAGUUGAGUAUCCAUGUGGGAAAAUACCUGUUCUGGAAAAAAGAAAUUCCAGCGGCCCCCAAGGCCGGAUUGUGGGAGGCAAGGUGUGCCCCAAAGGGGAGUGUCCAUGGCAGGCUGUGCUGAAAAACAGUGGGUCACUGCUGUGCGGGGCCAUCCUAUUGGACAGUACGUGGAUCGUGUCUGCAGCCCACUGUUUCGAUACUAUCAGGAGCUGGAGGAACAUAACAGUGGUGAUGGGUGAGCAAGACUUGAGCGAGAAGGAUGGGACUGAGCAGGUACAACGGGUCAGACAGGUCAUUAUUCCUAACAAGUACAUCCCAGGCAAGAUCGACCACGACAUUGCCCUGCUCCGUCUCCGCCAACCUGUGACCUUCACUGACCAUGUGGUACCCCUGUGUCUGCCCGAAAGGGCCUUCUCCGAGAGAACCCUCUCCAGAAUCCGCUUCUCAAGGGUCAGUGGCUGGGGCCAGCUGCUGGACCGGGGGGCCACAGCCCUGGAGCUCAUGGCUGUUGAAGUGCCCCGGAUGAUGACUCAGGACUGCCUGGAACACGCCAAGCACAGUCCCAGCACCCCCCAGAUCACUGACAACAUGUUCUGCGCUGGCUAUAUGGACGGCACAAAGGAUGCCUGUAAAGGCGAUAGCGGCGGCCCCCACGCCACACACUACCGUGGCACCUGGUACCUGACAGGUGUGGUCAGCUGGGGCGAGGGCUGUGCAGCUGUUGGCCAUGUUGGAGUGUACACCAGGGUCUCCAGGUACACAGAAUGGCUGAUCAAGUUCAUGAACUCCGAGCCCCAGGCUGGGAUUUUUCGAGUCGAGCUUGAGGCUGAGAUAAGCAGGAGGACCAUGGCCACCUGGGGCUCAGGGCGAGUGAACCUUGCCCCCAUGCCUGUCCCAGCAGCUGCUGUCCUUGACCACACCAUGGGGAGCCUGCUGAGACUCAGCCUGCUCUAUGUUGCCCUGGCCAGCCUCCUGUCACCUGGAAGAAGCCUGUUUAUUAACCGGGAACGCGCCAACAAUGUCCUGACGAGGAUUCCAAGGGCAAACUCAUUUUUUGAAGAGAUGAAGAAGGGCAAUCUGGAAAGAGAAUGUAUGGAAGAAGUAUGUUCUUAUGAAGAGGCCCGCGAAGUCUUCGAGGAUACUCAGAAGACGAAUGAAUUCUGGAACAAAUACAAAGAUGGUGACCAGUGCGAAACCAAGCCUUGCCAGAAUCAAGGCCAGUGUCGCGACGGCCUCGGCGAGUACACAUGCACCUGCAUGGAGGGAUACGAAGGCAAAAACUGUGAAUUCUUUGUUCGGAAACUCUGUAGCCUAGACAACGGAGACUGUGACCAGUUCUGCAGCGAAGAGCAGAACACGGUGGUGUGCUCCUGCGCCAGCGGUUACUUCCUGGGUGAUGAUGGCAAGUCCUGCAUCUCCACAGUGCCCUUCCCCUGUGGGAAAACCACCAUAGGACGUAGGAAGAGAUCCUUGGACCAGAGCACCAACCACAGUGAGCCUUUCCAUGAAGACCUCCUGGACUUAGAAUUGCUGUCACCUACAGAGAAUCCUUCCAACCUGCUCAACCUCAAUCAGACACAACCAGAAAAGGACAGCUCAAGCGUUAUUCGGAUUGUGGGUGGCCGAGCAUGCAAAGACGGGGAGUGUCCCUGGCAGGCUCUGCUCAUCAACGAUGACAAUGAGGGCUUCUGUGGGGGCACCAUCUUGAAUGAGUUCUACAUCCUCACGGCGGCCCACUGUCUGCACCAAGCCAAGCGAUUCAGGGUGAGGGUAGGGGAUCGGAACACAGAGAAGGAGGAAGGCAAUGAGAUGGUGCACGAGGUGGACGUGAUCAUAAAGCACAACAAGUUCGUGAGGGAGACCUAUGACUUCGACAUCGCAGUGCUCAAGCUGAAAACUCCCAUCACGUUCCGCAUGAACGUGGCCCCCGCCUGCCUGCCUCAGAAGGACUGGGCUGAGGCCACACUGAUGACGCAGAAGUCGGGCAUUGUGAGUGGGUUUGGACGCACACAUGAGAAGGGCCGCCAGUCAAACAUCUUGAAGAUGCUGGAGGUGCCCUAUGUGGAUCGCAACACCUGCAAGCUCUCCAGCAGCUUCACCAUCACACAGAACAUGUUCUGUGCUGGCUACGAUGCCAAACUGGAGGAUGCCUGCCAGGGGGACAGCGGCGGCCCCCAUGUCACCGAGUACAAAGGCACCCACUUCGUGACUGGCAUUGUCAGCUGGGGAGAAGGGUGUGCGAGGAAAGGGAAGUACGGGAUCUACACGAAGGUCACGGCCUUCCUCAGGUGGAUCGAGAAGUCCAUGAAAGCCAGGGUGGUUCCCACAUCUGAGACCCCAACGUCAACAAGCCCUCCCCAUUAAAGCAGCUCUCUAGA